CUACGUGGCGCAAUAAUCACCACCUUAACACAAUAAAAACAACCUCUUCUGGCGUAUCAUCCCCUUCUUCUUCUCCCUCUCCCUCCCUUUGAAAAUCGAGCAAUAUUCAGAAGAGAGAAAAGGAAGGUGAGAGAUUUUUUUACAUCCUUCUUCAAAUCAGUAGCCAAAAAAUGGGGCUUAGCUUUACAAAACUGUUUAGCCGGCUCUUUGCCAAAAAGGAAAUGAGAAUUCUGAUGGUAGGUCUCGACGCUGCUGGUAAAACUACUAUUCUGUACAAGCUCAAGCUUGGUGAAAUUGUCACUACUAUCCCUACCAUCGGAUUUAAUGUGGAGACCGUGGAAUAUAAGAACAUAAGCUUCACUGUUUGGGAUGUUGGUGGUCAAGACAAGAUCCGCCCUUUGUGGAGGCAUUACUUCCAAAACACUCAGGGUCUUAUAUUUGUGGUGGAUAGUAAUGACAGGGAUCGUGUUGUUGAGGCCAGGGAUGAGUUGCAUAGAAUGUUGAAUGAGGAUGAACUGAGGGAUGCUGUCUUGCUUGUGUUCGCAAACAAACAAGAUCUUCCCAAUGCAAUGAAUGCUGCAGAAAUAACUGACAAGCUUGGGCUUAAUUCUCUCCGUCAACGCCACUGGUACAUUCAGAGCACAUGUGCAACAUCUGGAGAGGGUCUCUAUGAGGGGCUGGAAUGGCUGUCGAACAACAUUGCUAGCAAGGCUUGAAAAAUAAACUCUUCUUAAGGAAUUUUGGUCGUUGUCUAGACUUGUAAUACUUGCAAUUCUGGGAAGCCUGGUUCAUCUUUUGUUCAGAGAUUGGCGUUGUAAUAGCAGAAUGUUGGUUUAGAUUUGCUUAUAUUCUAUAUGGGUUUGUGCAAUUUGUCUGAGCUACUACUUAUAAACAGAUUUAAUAUUAUAUAUCAUGGCUUAUUUGAGGAUUA